AAAACUGACAUAACCUAGUCUCUACCCUCUAGUUUUUAUUUUGAUAAUUUAUCUUUCUAUUUUUUUUAACGGGAAGGACUAUCAAAGAUUUGAAUGACUUUCCAUAUUCCUAAACCUCCAAUUCUUCUCUGAUCUGAUAUCUAUUUGGAUAAUAUCGAUCAAAUUCAUUACAACAAUGAACGGUGAGGGAGCUAAAGAAGAAAGAGCUUACUUUUUGUCUGUUCUGAAUACUUUCAAGAGCUACAGGAAACAAUCCCUAUUAAGAAUCCAACACAGAGAAAGAUGCUAUGACAAUCUACCUUUUCACCACCAGAAAUGGCUGGAAGACUACAAAGAAGAUCUAGAGUCAUUGAAAGGAUGCAUUGAACAAAAUGCCAGCUUGAUCCCUCAAGUUUUGAGGGAUGCACAUUGCAUAUUUGAAAAUGUAUUUGCCAAUGACUGCCCUUCUCAUUCAGAACAAGAAGUAGGAUCAUUAUCAGAAGGCCUUGAUAAGGUACAAUCAGUUUUCAAGCAACUAAUGCGAGAUUGGAGCAGUCUGGGGGCACAAGAACGUGACCAAUGCUAUGGCCCAAUCGUCAAAGAAAUCUUCACCCAUUACCCAAAAGAGCAGUACAAACGUAGUGAUAUUACUGUCCUAGUACCUGGAGCUGGCCUUGGAAGGCUAGCAUUUGAGAUAGCAUCAAAUGGUUUUGCUUGUCAGGGCAAUGAGUUCAACUUGUUUAUGCUCUUGAUGUCAUUUUUUGUGCUGAAUUUGUGCAAAAAAGUGGAUGAAUAUGAGGUGUAUCCCUGGAUACAUCAGUACUGCAAUAAUACUAAGAUUGAAGAUCAAAGGCUUAGUGUCAGGUUUCCUGAUGUUAUACCCAUGCCAACACCAGAGAGUACAUUUUCUAUGUCUGCAGGUGAUUUUCUGGAUGUGUACACUAAGCCCAAUGAAUGGCAUUGUGUGGCUACAUGUUUUUUCAUAGAUUGUGCCCCAAAUGUUAUAGAUUUUAUUGAAAGAAUAUACCAAAUACUCCGACCUGAUGGUCUCUGGGUGAAUUUGGGCCCCUUGUUGUAUCAUUAUUCUGAUACCACAACCUCAGACAGUAUUGAGCCCAGUUUCCAGAUUGUGAUGAAGUGUCUGAAGUACGAAAAUGACCGAGAGACCGUCCUGAAUUUGUGCCGGAAGGAGAUAGCGCUGUGCAUCGAGGUACUGCUGACUUGUCAAUGCAAAGAAAUCGAUGAUCGCGAGGAAAAUAUCGACGACAUCUACGUUCUGGAACAGUGGCAUUUCGACAUCGAUAACAAAAACGCCAUCCGCUCGCAACUCUACUUCUCCCAGAUCACCGCCUGGCUGACGACGCGUCGUCCCGACUCCUCCGGCAACUCCUCGAACAACUUCCGCUACCACGUGACGCCGCCCGGCGCGACGCUGGCGACGGCGCGCUUCCACGCGGAGGCGGCGCGACACGAGUUCCCCGCCACCGUGCUGGGGGAGGGCGGCAGGGUGUUGCGCCUAAACGAAAAAACGGACAAGAAACCCGGCCUCCUCUUGAAAGAACCCCGCCUGCUGGACGACAGGAUGCACACCUGUUGCACGGUGAAAGGCAAGCACAGGUGCGAGGAGGAGGAGGAGAACCACGUGAAAGGCGAGAGGGGUGGUGGGGGAGGGAACGUGAAACGCCUGUGCCAGUACGCCAACGCUCAGGAGGCGUCGUUGGAUUCGCUCCACCACAAAAAUGAUCUCAACAAAGACAAGGGCCAGCUGUUGCUGGACGCCAUAGAGCGCAGCGGCAAGAGUACAAAAGCUAGCGCCAGAAAGGACGAAAGUGAUACUAAAUGUGAUAAGCGAGCAAGUGAUAUUUUUAGCAUUAGGAAAACCAACUUUAGCAUAUACGCAGACAAACAUUGUGAUAGCCCGAUGCCGAAGCUGAAGCACAACAAGAAAAUCAAGGAUAUAUCCAACCGCGAGCCGACGAAGCGGUUCUCGGUGCGACAGAAGAUAACCUUCGAUGAAGAAGUGAAGAUGAAAGACGAAGAUUCGUGUAGGAUCAAGGAUGGCGCUGUGCCCAGUCCGUCGGAGCAGGCGAAGUUCCGGAAGAGCUUGGAUAGUGCCGCUUCCAUGGUGUUUCAUUCGAGGACGGGGUUGCCGCUGACUAGUAGUCCGGCGCCUGUCAGGAGGGGGAAUGCAUUAUUCUCAUCGAGUUUUUCGACGGACGACGAGAGCGAGAGCGACGGCAGCCUCGUAUCGCCCUGCAGCCCCGACAGCGUCUCCAUUCGUCCCAACGAAGUCUAUUCGGUGAAGUACAGGCGGAAAGGGCACGCCGCCGGCUUAUUAGGCAGCUUCGAGGAAUCGGUCCUGAACGGUCGUCUGGAACCAGUUUCAACCGUCCACGGAUUCACGGCCGAACUGGGGGCGAGUGGAUCCUUCGUGCCCAAACACCUCGUCGUUCCCGUCACCGUUUUCUUCUACACUUUGGGCGACAACGACAAAAGCCACAUCAACUUGGGCAAGAAGGGCUACAACGUGCCCAAGUCGGGCACCGUCCAGGUCACCCUCUUCAACCCUCUUGGCACCGUCGUCAAGAUGUUCGUCGUCAUGUACGACCUCGACGACAUGCCGGCCAAUUCGCAGACGUUCCUGAGGCAGCGCACCCUGUACAUGCCGACCGAUUGCGCGGACCGCGACAUCGAGUGGGGGCCGAAGUGGCUGCGAUAUCUCAUACAUCUGAGGUUCAUCAGUUCGAAAUCGGGCAAGGUGUACCUCCAUUCGGACAUCCGCAUGAUCAUCUUCCGCAAAAGCGACAUGGACACGGCGACUGCGCACGGCCUCGACAUGAGCUACGAGCUGCGCAGCUUCACCCGCAUGCCGGCCAAUCCGAGGUUCUCGCCUCGGAAGUAACCGGAAGCUGCGAAGGCUGAAGCUGCGAGGGCUGCUAGAACUGGCUGGAGACCGUUGUGCCGGGUGUUGUUGGGGUGUUUUUUCUUCGGAAGUUGAUGCGGCAUCGAUGUGAGCUACGAGCUGCGCAGGGACCGUUGUUGGGGUGUUUUUUUUUUCGGAAGUUGAUUGGUGGAAGGCUGAAAGGUUUGCUUCGAGAAGAUUUCAUAGAUUUUUCUGUACAGUUACAGAUUUCAAUUGUUUAUUUUGUGUAAUACAUAUUGCACUUUAUGGCUGAUUUAACGAGAAAUUAACUUUCCUAACUCAUUAGCUAAGCUUCGACGACACCGCAAAACCAAGUAAAUCGUUCGAUUGUAUUGUUGGGACGCGUAUGUACACCC